AUGCCUCCAGUGCAACAAUACCAAUACGCCCAUCAGCCUUCCAACUUUGAAAAGUUCAAGAUGGGCGCCAUCAUGGGCUCCACCGUGGGUGUCUGCGUGGGUGUACUCUUCGGGGGAUUCUCGAUCCUCCAGAACGGUGCCGGCCCCAACGGUGUCAUGAGAACCUUGGGCCAAUACAUCAUGGGUUCUGUGGGUACUUUCGGCUUGUUCAUGUCGAUCGGUUCAGUUAUCAGAUCCGACACUGGCUACCAGGCUUACGAAAGAGCCUUGAUUGCUUCGCAGAGACAGAAAUUGAGAACUCUCUAUAACUUGGACAGUGUCAGAAAUGAGUAG